GUACGUAUGUGGAAAGACAACUCUGCCGUGAUGCCAUCCUGCCCAUGCCUGUCGUCUGCGAGGUGCCUUGCCCAAAGGACUGUGUCCUGAGCCCCUGGACCCCCUGGUCUCUCUGCUCCCAUACCUGCUCUGGAAAAAACACGGAGGGAAAGCAGACCAGAGCUCGCUCCAUCCUCGCCUAUAACGCUGGAGAAGGUGGGAUCCUCUGUCCCAACAUCAGUGCACUGCAGGAGGUGAGGAACUGCAAUGACCACCCCUGCACUGUGUACCACUGGCAAACAUACCCUUGGGGGCAGUGCAUAGAGGACUCCUCCAUUCCGGCCACCAACACAUCUGUGAGCAGGACACACGGCGAUGACGCCUCCUGCUCAGUUGGGAUGCAAACCCGCAAGAUCAUCUGUGUCCGGGUCAACGUGGGCCAGGUUCCUCCCAAAAAGUGUCCAGAGAGUCUGCGCCCAGACACCGUCAGGCCGUGCUUGCUGCCGUGCAAGAGAGACUGUAUUGUGAGCCCGUACAGCGACUGGAGCCCCUGCCCAUCAACAUGUCGAGCAGGUGGUAACACUAAGAAGAAGCAGUAUAGGAAACGUAUUAUCAUCCAGUUACCAGCCAACGGGGGGCAAGACUGUCCAGAGGUGCUGAGCCAGGAGAGAGAGUGCGACGCUCCAUCUGUUUGUCAUGGUUACCGAUGGAAAACUCAUAAGUGGCGGCGAUGCCAGCUAGUUCCAUGGUCAGUUCGUCAGGACAGUCCUGGAGCUCAGGAGACAUGUGGGCCAGGGCUGCAGAUUCGAGCUGUUUCAUGUCGGAAGCAGGAUGGAGGGCAAGCAGACGUUGAAGCUUGUCUUAAGUUUGCCAGCUCCAUGCCUCCUCUCAUCCAGCACUGCCAGCUGCCCUGCCAGGAAAACUGUCAACUCAGCAUCUGGUCAAAGUUCUCCUCCUGCACUGCCGACUGCGUGGGUGUCAGGACACGCAAGAGGUUGCUAGUGGGGAAGAGCAAAAAGCGGGACCAGUGUAAAAACCACCAAAUGUAUCCCCUGAGUGAGACACAGUAUUGCCCAUGUAACAAAUACAAUGCCCAGCCUGUGGGUAACUGGUCAGACUGUAUCCUUCCUGAGAAUGGCCGUAUGGAGGGUCAACUCGGGAUGAAGGUCCAAGGUGACAUCAAGGAGUGUGGCCAAGGAUAUCGCUACCAGGCUAUGGUGUGUUAUGACCAGGACAACCGCAUAGUGGAGACCUCACGCUGCAACAGCCAUGGAUAUAUUGAGGAGGCUUGCAUAAUCCCAUGUCCAUCUGACUGCAAACUAAGUGAGUGGUCCAACUGGUCACGCUGCAGCAAGUCCUGCGGCAGUGGUGUCAAAGUUCGCUCCAAGUGGCUCAGAGAAAAGCCCUAUAAUGGUGGGAGACCAUGUCCUAAACUAGACCAUGUCAGCCAGGCUCAGGUGUAUGAGGUUGUGCCUUGCCUCAGCGACUGUGGGCAGUAUGUCUGGGUGGCAGAGCCCUGGAGUGUGUGGAAGGUGAGCAACGUGGAUGUCAAGGACAACUGUGGUGAAGGUGUUCAGACCAGGAAAGUCAGGUGUAUGCUGAACACUAUAGACGGACCCUCUGAGCAAGUGGAGGACUACCUGUGUGACCCAGAGGAGAUGCCACUGGGGGCCCGCAACAGCCGGCUUCCCUGUCCUGAAGAUUGCGUUUUAUCAGACUGGGGAACCUGGAGCUCAUGUGAACUGCCGUGCAGUGGGAACAGUACCCGUGAGAGGAGUGCUUUCCCACUCCGCCAGCCUGGAGAAGAGAAGGAGUGUCCCCCGACUACGGAGACAGAGCCCUGUAAACUCAACAGCAACUGCUUUCACUACUCUUACAACAUCACCGAUUGGAGUACCUGUCAGCUGAGUGACAGUGCGGUGUGUGGAAACGGCAUCAAAACCCGCAUGUUGGACUGUGUGCGUAGCGACAGUAAAUCAGUUGACCUCAAGUUCUGCAAAGAGUUGGGCCUGGAGAGGAAGUGGCAGAUGAAUGCUUCCUGUGUGGUGGAGUGCCCAGUCAACUGCCAGCUGUCAGACUGGUCUCCAUGGGCUGACUGUACUCACACCUGUGGGCUGACCGGCAAGCUGUGGAGAAGACGGACAGUGAUCCAGGCUCCUCAGGGUGACGGGAGACAGUGUCCAUCCCAGAUGGCGCAAUGGAAGCCUUGCCUAGUGAAGCCCUGCUACAGCUGGAGAUACAGCACCUGGUCUGAGUGCAAGUCUGAGGGGGCGAGGUGUGGGGAAGGCCUGCGCUUUAGGAACGUGUCAUGCUUUGUGUCGGACGGUUCCGGUGAGCAGGACAUCAGCCUGGUGGACGACGAGCUGUGCGGAGAUCUGGCGCCCUCGGUGGAUGGAGAUACACACAUUGUUCUACAGGAACCCUGCACUGUACCCUGUCCAGGAGAGUGCUACCUGAAGGACUGGACCGUUUGGAGUCCAUGCCAGCUAAGCUGCGUGAGUGGGGACGACCUGGGCUUCGGGUCAGUCCAGGUCCGGUCCAGAGCCGUGGUGGCCCAGGAUCCAGAGAACCUGCUGCAGUGUCCAGAGCAGGAGAUGGAGGCACGGCCAUGUACAGACGGCCAGUGCUUUGAAUACAAGUGGAAGACUGCACCAUGGAGAGGCUCAUCUCGCCAAGUCUGGUGUCAGCGCUCAGAUGGACUUAAUGUUACAGGUGGAUGCCCGGCAACUGCCAAACCCAUGGCCGACCGUUCCUGUGACCCGCCCUGCACCAAGCCACGUUCCCUCUGCACAGAGGUGAGUGACUACCAGGUGGGUGUGUGCGGCUGUGAAGAGGGCUACACCGAAGUGAUGGCGUCGGAUGGUCAGCUGGAUCAGUGUACUGUCAUCCCGGUGCUGGAGAUCCCUACCGCAGGUGACAACAGGGCUGAUGUGAAGACCAUCCGGGCCUUUAACCCCACCCAGCCUGCAGCCAGCACGCCCAGCAGGGUGGGACGCACCUGGUUCCUGCAGCCCUUUGGACCAGAUGGGAAGCUGAAGACCUGGGUGUAUGGAGUCGCAGCAGGAGCCUUUGUCCUGCUCGUCUUUAUAGUCUCCAUGACAUACCUAGCAUGCAAAAAGCCAAAGAAGCCUCAGCGACGGCAGAUGAACAACAGACUGAAGCCGCUGACUCUCGCCUACGACGGAGACGCUGAUAUGUAGAAGUCUUCCUGCUGACCGCACUGAGCUAAAGACGUUCGUCCUACUGCAGGGCACACGGGGUUGCUAUGGAAACCCCUUGAUGUCAGGGCUGCCGCUGGGCAUUGUUCAAACAACACGCAGACAUCCCGGGAACAUGAGUUUGACGUAAAAGAGAAACCUCAAAGAUCAAGACACUGAAUCCAUGUCCAUUAGCAGCCUUGAUAUUCCUGCCGUCGUCUUCUUUUUUUUUUUUAUUUCAAUUUUGAUACUUUCAGAAGAGCCUUCAUGAAUUCUUUGUCUUCUUUCGGAAGUCUGCCUUUGCUUCUGUUGCCAUCUACUACUGCCAGUAACAUCCGAACCACGGCUGUUGGAGAGGGUCACACGAAAAGAUUUUGCUCUAAAAGCACAAAUCCUCUUCUUGUUAAUUUUGCCUCAGCUGAGCGGGAUAAUCUCGGUCCCUUCUUUGUCCCAUUCGGAACAUUCAGAACCCACAGUGUUAUUAUGGCCUGGAUCCAUUUCAUGAGAAGAAAAGAUAAAACCAGAGGAGGAAAAAAAAGUGUAAUGAAUCCCAGAGCCGCCAUCACUUCUGCCUGCCUAUCCCUUCUCAGUCCUUCAGGCAUAAUUUUGCACUAUAUUAGUGCAGCAUGAUAUGUUCUUAUGUCUAGCUUCACCAUAGGAAACUGCCUCUCUCAAAACAAGAUGGUGUACAGUCUUGUGCUAGAAAUGUAAAAAAAGUAGACUUUUUUGCAAACAGAACUCACCAAUGUUUGUAAUAUUUUUCUUCUAUUACCUCUUGUAAGUGAUACGAUGGGACUCCAUGUAAAUAGAUUUCUUUUUUUUAAUUUUAUUUGUGGUCUCAACUUUACCUUUCUAGUAUGUACAGGUUCACGUCCCAAACUCUGCCUGAAUUCAUUUUAAUCUCUGACUGUGACUUCAGGAUUUUUACUUUUGUAAUUAAUGGAUAAACCUCACUGUUGUGGAUUCAGAGUGCAUGAGACACGUAGAAACUCCUUCCGUUACGAACCUCUGUAGCUGUGACAGGGGAAGAACAAAAGACACAUGGGUGGCAUCAAAUGCUCCAAGUACUGAGGUGAGGGCCUGUUACAUUUACAACAAUUAUAAACACAAUGACAAGAAUCAGUAAUAUGAGAUGAAUCAAUUCUGUUGUUUUUGAUUGUGACGUAAAUCUUCUUAAUUGUCUUUGCGAUCUCACUUUACUUCAAACUAAUUACUUCACAUGACGUGAUGCCCGAUCAUGUCAAACCUCGGUAACGACACUCAAGGAUGGAGGGAAAUGCCUUUCAUUGAAGAUUUGAUUCAUCUCCGAGAUCUCUUGUCUCCCAUGUCUUUCUGAAUAUGAUGAAUUGUGAUAACAGCUCACUCUUCUGGCCAGGGGCCGGACAAAAUGUGGGUUUUGGUCAGAUGUUAUCUUCAGGUUUUGUUCAAGUGUACACAGGCAACUGGAUUUUACUUGUUUUUCUUAAACGUUUCCCCUCUCAGCCAAAAGUCUUCUCCAGUGAAGUGAAAUGAAACAAGCAUGUGCAGUGAUCACUUGUACAACUCCUGUAGAUACAACGACCUGGAUGACAGAACUUUCACAGAUGUGUCUGUAAUUGUUAGUUUUGACAUCCACCACUUUGUUCUGUUUCAUCAUUUGAAGGCAGCUUCUACCGUACACCAAGUUAAUGGCUUAGUUAAAGGCUAAUACAUCAUUACUAACAAAAAAGUAAGUGGAACACCAUCUUCUGCAGACGUUUGGUUCUUGAUUCAUUUUAAAUCCACACUGGUCUUUAGGUAUUUGCUCAAUUCUGUCGAAUGUCACCUGCAGCAACAACAAACACUUCUCUGCCCUUAUUUUUGUGGAGGAGGUUCCUCCCUGUUCACAGCUACAGAAAAACUGUCUGAAAAAACCUUCAGCUCCGUCCCAUUCAGCUCCGUCUUACAGGUUUGACUCAUCCAUUCAUGUUUACUGAGACUCUUCAUUCAUGUGCUUCAGAGAGAGGAACAGUUGUGGCCUCGCUUUCCUAAAGAGCUUUCAGCCUGACUACAUCAGCCUGGGUGACCUUUAUAUUCCAUGAUCAAAUCCCAUGUAGGAGCUUUUCUACUGAUAAGAGCACAUUUCAGGAGGAAUCAUUACACGGGGACAUUUUGAUGUGAAAACUGAAACCAGACAGUGCUGCCUAACAUCACUGCCUGAUGAAAGCUCAAGGUCCAGUCACCCAAAGUGAACGUUGUAUUAUUUGUUAGUACUGAGGCAUCAUAUCGUUGCCAGAGAAUGGCAGUUUAAUAUUCUGUGGAAUUUGUUGCUAGUAAAUUAAUGGAAUGUUUAAUUUAUAUUUCUUGGAAUAUGAGUUGUAAAUAAAGUGCUAAAUAUUUCUUUUUUAUUAUUUAUUGUUCAUGUACCAUAAUAAUGUUUCAUUUUUUACUACACAAGAUGUUAUGGAUACAUACAACUAGAAAAAAAUGGAGGUGUGAAUGUGGGUGUGCUAAAAUGGAAAUUGAUAACCUUGUGAAAAAGUCGCAGAUAAAUCUGUCCUUUUCCUACUGUUUGUUUAUUUGUAUUUGACUAAUUGCUGAUAAUA